CGGCCGGCGAGACAAAGGCGGGGAGCGGAGUGGGGUCAGGCGGCGCAGCCGAGCUCUGUUUUCAUAACUGAAGGGAACUCCCAGCAGCACCCAGCCUGCUGCUACCAGCUCACUCACUGGAACCCGGGGAGCAUGAGGACCUGCCAACACUCUUAGGAGUUCAUCCCCGAUUCUCCAGGAAGGAAGAGAGUAAAAAAAACAGCAAAAACGCUGCCCUCUUUUCGGUUUUUAAGGUUUUUUUUUUUCCUCCUCCAACGCCCCCCCAUUUAGCUCGCUAGUUAGCCUGGCUAGCUGGUGUUGCUGCACAGACCUCCUCCUCCUCCUCUCCUCUCCUGCUGCUGCUGCGGAUCCUCCGGCUGAGGCGCCGGGAGAGAGAGCGCAGCUCUGCGGCCACAGACCCUGAGGGUGAACUCCCCCCCAAAACCAUCCCUGGUCUGAUGUGAUAUCCAACAGAGGGACAAUGCCCAGCCCUUUAUUCCACCCCGAGAUCAUGGACCACGACGUGGUGAUCAGCAGCCAGCACGGCGUGGGUCUGGCCCGGGACACGGACCCGGAGUCCCGGGACGAGGACCACCAGGACGCGCUGCGCUUCGCCCUGGACCAGCUGUCACUGCUGGCCCUGGAGAAGGUGGACUGCGGCGGAGGUGGAGGCACCGGGCUGGCCCUCGACCCUCUGGACGGGCCCCAGCAGGGUCCCCCCGGCCCCGACAGCUGCAACGGAGUGGGCUACGUGGACCUGCAGAUGCUGGAGCAUCCCGGCGGGUCCCGGGACUCCCCGGCCUCCUGCUCCCCGUCCCCGGAGUACUACGGCUCGGGCGGCUACCACAUGGCCGGCUCGCACCCCAUGCUGCACGGGGAACAAAGCUCCGUGCUCUGCAACAGAAAGAGAAGCGUCAACAUGACGGAGUGUGUGCCGGUGCCCAGCUCCGAGCAUGUGGCCGAAAUAGUGGGGAGGCAAGGCUGUAAGAUCAAGGCCCUGCGUGCCAAAACAAACACCUACAUAAAGACUCCAGUCAGAGGUGAGGAUCCAGUGUUCAUCGUGACAGGACGCAGGGAGGAUGUGGAGAUGGCCAAACGUGAAAUUGUGUCUGCGGCUGAGCAUUUUUCUAUGAUCCGGGCGUCCCGCUGCAAAGCUGGAGGUCCCGGAGGAGGAGGCUCCCUGCCCGGCCCUCCGCAUCUACCUGGACAAACCACCAUACAGGUGAGAGUUCCCUACAGAGUCGUCGGUUUAGUUGUUGGACCAAAAGGAGCAACAAUCAAGCGUAUCCAGCAGCAGACUCACACGUACAUUGUGACACCCAGUCGAGAGAAAGACCCGGUGUUUGAGGUGACGGGGAUGCCAGAGAACGUGGACCGAGCAAGAGAGGAGAUUGAGACGCACAUCACCCUGCGAACUGGAACCUUUGUAGACCUGCAGGGGGACAAUGACUUCCACACUAACGGCACUGAUGUCAGUUUAGAAGGCCUUGGCGCCUUAAGUGGAGGAUUGGGCGCAUCUUUGUGGUCCAGGGCCACGGGCCACCAUUCUGCCCCGCCUCCUCCUCCACCCUCCCCGCCCCCGUCUAUUCCCAUGUCCAUGCACCACUCCUCGAGCCGGAAGAUGUCCUCCUCAGUGGCAUAUCAUUCGCACAACGGCGGGAUGAGCUCCGAUAACUACAGCAGCAACCGAAAGGCCAACGAGGGAGGCAGCCCCACCAGCCCCUUCAGCACAGGCUCCAGCAGUGCUGGAGGUGGAUUCACAUUUGGGGGUGACUCAACCCCGGGACUGCCGUCCUCAGAGGAACUGGGCUUUGAGUUUAGUGCUUCCAACAUCUGGGCACCUUUUGUCAACGGUGGGGCAGGCAAUAAGACGGCUGCUUCCUCCCAGCAGCAGCAGCAGCAGCAGCAGCCUCUACGCCGCAAUAGUAGUGGCCUCAGUGGCGGCGCCAUCACUCCACGGUUGUCUCCGACUCUGCCUCAGGACACGGGCAUCAGCCCUCUGGAUCACCCGCUGGCCCGCCGAGCUCAGAGCGACCCCCUCAGCACUCUCUCCUGGCUGCAGUCGGGCAGCACGGGCGGCGGCUCCUUCUCAGGAGCUUCAAGCUCCAGCUCCGGCGGCUCGUCUACCGGCUACUCCUCCUGCUCGGCCUCCUCACUGCCCGGUGGCUCGCCCACCGACUCCGAAGGAUGCGGCAGCAACGUGGGCCUCAGCUCUGGGAUGCUGGGCCGCCUGAAAGGUGGCUCGGGCCCUGGGGUCGCCGGUCUGGUGGGCGUUAGCCCCGGGGUCAACAGGGACUGCUUUGUUUGUUUUGAGAGCGAGGUGACAGCAGCUCUGGUGCCUUGUGGCCACAACCUGUUCUGUAUGGAGUGCGCUGGGCAAAUCUGCCAGUCAGCUGAGCCAGAAUGCCCCGUCUGUCAUACUCCUACCACACAGUGCAUCCGCAUCUUCUCCUAAUGCCCUAGGCACUCGUGCGGGGGAUUAAAUAUAAGGUUUUCGGGGGGUAGCAAGGGUAUUUGAGUGGGGAACCAGCUGUGAUGGACACAAUGGAAAGAUUCACACUAAUAAAAUUCAAACACAUGAUGGACCAUUACUGCAUUUAUAAAGAUGAUGAUACUAUACGGAUGCUGAUAUGUUGCUGAUAACUGUCAAGAUUGAUAACAAUAAUAAUAAUAUUGACAAUGACUUAUUUUCAGAGGGAAGUGAAUGGCAGGUGGGACUCGGUCAGUCUCUCGGUGAUGAACUUAUGGAAGGAAACUAGUGUCUUAUCUCUCUUCAGGCCUUCAUUUCGACCUGGAGCAGCCCGCUCUGCUGGCUGCAGGUCUGUCUCCAUGUUUUCAUUCUGGCUUUUUCAGAUUUCUGCCUGCUUUCUCUCUCACAGCCUUUCCUUUUGACACUUUUGUACUUAACAGAUAUUUUUCAAUGAAGCUGUCAAUGAGGCCUGCACUUUUGUACUCCUGAUUUUAAAGUUAUUGAUAGGACGCAAGCCGUUCCAACAAAUCCUCCUUUCCUCUGUGCUAUCUCAUGGUUGUUUUUUUUUGUUUUGUUUUAAUGUGACAAUAAUUGAAAAGGUUCCUCUUUUAUUUUUGGAAGCUUGGAAUGUUUUUUUUAAGAGUCGGCAUUUUGUCAGGCACCUAGCAGAACACUACACUCAAGGGACCUUUUUGAGGAUGAAUUCCUGUUUCAUUGCCACACAAAAUUUAGCCAUCAGUAAAUAAGCCAAAUGAAUGCUAUUAAGAGACAUCUCUUCACUCCUGAUUCAGCUCAUAACAUGUUGGAUGAAUUGGGAUGACUUUGACCCACAUUUCAAAUGUGGAUAUUGCAUCAAUUGAUAAAUUAAUUAUCCUUUUUAAUAAGUGAGAGUACAAUUUAGUAAUGCUGAUGGAUCAUGGCUGUGGUCAGUAUGUUGUAUGUUUGGGCUGCCUGACAAUCCCUUUACAUCUGUACUACUUCUUCUUAGUGUGUAUGCGCUAGUGUGUUUGUGAGAGAAUAAUGCCCACUCAUACUGUAGUUCACGUGAGCGUCGGUGUGUCAUCACCAUGAGAGGAUCUGCUUUUGGCCCUUCAUUUCGUUCUGCCUUGUAAAAAAGGCAUCGCUCUGAUCCAUCCACACUAGAACGUUUCCUUCUCAUUAUGUGAACUGUUACACUUAAAUCUGCUCAUUUAGUGUUUAUUUUGUUUCAUAUUUUUGACUGUCUCGUGAGUGGCUAAUGACGUAUUUUAAAAUCUAGGAUAAGAUAGGGCUUUUCUAAUGCCACAUAAGAAUGUUUAGUCCAAUACGGUUAAGGAGAAAGACUGCUCCUCUCACAUGAAACUACGACAAGGGUCUUAAUUGACCUUUUUAUUUUCCAUGCACUGUAACCACCAGCCUCUCUAAGAAUGGGGAACAAAAAGAAAGGAAAUAAAAGCCCCCAGCUCUUACUGUUUUUGUUAGGUUUUGGUCUUCCACCCCUCUCUCACAGCAAAGCUGUAAGGCACUCGGAAAACACACUGUCGUACCCAUAUGGCGCUGUACUCUUGGCAAAAUGUAGUGCACUAUAUGGUUAGUAGUUUAUCGGUCCUGUGUUUCAUAGCAUUACAGAGUAACUCCAGUGAGGCAGGUGCACCCUGUUGUGUUAGACUUUUGUUUUUCUUUAGUUCGGUGUGAGUUUGCAGUAACUGCCUCCUAUAGUGUUAAUGUGACAUGAUUUUGGCAAUGUUGUGCUGGUUGCCGUUGGUGGCUCUUUUUCAACAUAUGUGGGAUCAUUUCAUCGGACGAGACAAGCCAUGACAACUGAACUAAAACGACACACCUAAUUCUCAAGGGCUUCCUCUGACUGCACAGACACAUAAUCACAUUUUCAGGCUCACAGUAGGAAGAAUCAACUUAUCCUUUAUGGCAGCUAGUAGCUAGGUCAUCCAGGGCUUCCAGACACUAUUAGUGUUCCAAUCCCAGCAGCUGCAAAAUGUUUUGCUUAUUAUUUUACUGAUCGUCCCUACUCUCAUUCAGAUCCUGUUGUGCAGGACACUGCAAGCACAGUUGUGUUGUCACAGAUGAAGACGGGCUGCAGGGAUUUGAUGUCAUGGAAUGAAUAGUGACCCUACACGAGUAAAGAAAAGGGCAGCUGCUGUUGUGCUUUGGUGCUUUGGUUAGUAUAACAUUAAACUUAUUCACUGUUUUGACUGUUUGUUUGCUACUUAUAGGACAAUGGUAGUAACCCAGCUGUGGCUCGAGUCCAGAGCUGUAGGAGAAACCUGUUAAGAGGCUGAACUGGUAGUCGUUGUGACGACCGGUCCAUGGUGCUUUGGUGCAAAUCCUUACUGAACCACAGAGAUUAACAAACCCAGUCGUUAAAGCAGGAAGCCAUUCAGUACUCACACUAACAUCUCCAGUGCACUGUAGACCUGACAGCACAACACCCUUUUUUACCUUUGGGCUUUCUUUGAUUUUCCUGUCUUUACUUCACUCUGAACGGAUGCAGGGCGGCAUAUGUGUGUGAGAGAACAGAUCUGUGAUGACUGUUGUGUGAGUCUGCUGAGGCCGCGCUCAAAGCCCUUCUUUAAACUGUCCAAGACGACGUGUUGAAGAAUAAAUGGUGUUGUAUUUACCGGACGGGUUCAGUGUGAAUCCUGGCGUUGAACCAGGAUGUUUAUGGCCAAUGAGAGAAUGUUGGGGUUAAUGUACAGUAGUUUUAAUUGUUAAAAAGGUACAUUUUUUAAUUUCAGAUUUACUGCUAAUUUUUAUUUUAUUUUUUUAGCCAAUUGUAUCCCCUCCCCCAAUUCCUUCCUAAAGGUUUGAAAACAGGGUUUCCUGAGGCAUGCUAGUCAGUGACCUCUGACCUUUUUUGUGAUUAGAGGGGGGAUGCAAAGAGAGCCACACCAGUAAGGGGUGACAGACUCCCUUUAAGCCUCUGCUCUCCUAUUUUUUGCUUUAAUUAUCUUUUGUAUGCAGAACCAAAAUGUAAAAUGUCAGCAAACUAGGUUUCAGGCCUAACCUGUGUGUAUAUACCCUGGAUACAAUCAAACGGGAUCUUGUUUUCUAAAGCAAAAUUACUUAAUUGAACAUAAGUGUAGUUUCUAAAGAACAUGUAUCAUUAUUUGUAAGUUAAUCAUGUGCAUGUCUUCAAGCCACCAUGGCAUUAGCUAAUGAUUCUUAAGAUGGGAAAAAUAAAUAAAAUAAAAAAAAAAAAAAAUUUUACACACAUUUUAUUUUUUACAAUUUAUUUGCUUACCUAAAUAUCCCAGACAAUAAUGUGACCCUUUUUAUUACUUCAAAUUUAUUUUUGUUUUCCAUUUUUUAUUUUCUUUAUUUCCUGUGUACUACAUAUAGGCAAUUUAUAACAAAAUGAGAAAAUUAUUGAAGAAAUUUUAAAAUUGAAAUAUAUUUUAUUUGAAAGUUUAUGGACCUUUUAGCCGUGAGCCGGAGAAAUUGUAUAAUCGUAUAAUUUGAGCUGACUUGACGGUUAUGAGAAAUGUAUCAAGAGUUUUAUUUUUUAUGCUUCUUUAAUAAAGUCUUUUGUUUUUUGUUUGUUUUUGUUUUGUUUUGUUUUGUUUCAUUUUUUACUGUAAAAAUAA